AAAUUAGUGAAGACAAUGACAGUAUAUGUCUUGACCUUACAAAUCUAAGUUGUUUUUUCUUAACAGGAAAAUUGUGGACGGCCCCUGAACUUCUACGCAUGAACACUCCACCUCCUGAAGGCACACAAAAGGGCGAUGUGUAUUCAUUCGCCAUCAUAGCUCACCAGAUAGUGGUGAGACAAGGGCCUUUUUACGUCGGGGUUUCGGAUGUCACUCCUAAAGAGAUCACAGAGCACGUGAAAGCUUCUCAGGAUCCUCCUUUCCGGCCUCUCCUAGAGAAUAAUGACUAUAAUGAAGCAGUGGUCUGUAUGAUGAAACGAUGCUGGGCUGAGGAACCAUCACAACGUCCAGAUUUUCACUCUCUAAAAUUGAUUAUUAGGAGAUUAAAUAAGUUUCUGAAGCUUUUUACUUCAAAAGACAAAGAGAAAAUCCUGAUGAAGGAGGACCUACUGUAUCAGCUCUUACCCAGGUCUGUAGCCAGGCAGCUAAUUUCUGGAGAAUCGGUGAAGGCAGAGGCUUUCGACAACGUAACUAUCUACUUCAGUGACAUUGUUGGAUUCACGUCGUUGUCAGCGGAAAGCUCUCCCAUGCAGGUUGUUGACCUUUUGAAUGACCUGUACACCUGCUUUGACUCCAUCAUUGAGAAUUUUGAUGUUUAUAAGGUAGAAACAAUUGGUGAUGCGUACAUGGUGGUUUCGGGACUUCCGGUUCGAAACGAGCAACAGCAUGCUUCUGAAGUUGCCAGAAUGUCACUAGCGUUGCUACAAGCUGUUAAGACCUUCACCAUUCGCCAUAGACCUGAAGACAAGCUGAAACUUCGGAUCGGGAUACACACCGGUCCUUGUGCAGCUGGUGUAGUAGGGUUAAAAAUGCCAAGAUACUGCUUGUUUGGUGACACUGUCAAUACAGCGUCACGAAUGGAAUCUUACGGAUUACCCUUGAAGAUUCAUGUUAGUUCCACAACCAAAGAAGUUCUGGAUAACUACGGAACGUUUCAGUUGGAGUUGAGAGGAGAAGUGGAGAUGAAGGGCAAGGGGAAAAUGACGACCCACUGGCUAAUAAAAGAAUAUGUCCAUCAUGAAAAACCUUGUCUAAAUCACUUAAGAGAGAUUCAAGUUUAAAGCUUUAAUUGAAUUAU